AUGUGGAAAAAUAUCAGAUUUUACGUUCGGCUUUAUGGCCUUUUUGUUGUGCUCAGAUCUGCGAGUGCAUCAAGAUAUGCUCGGCAAACAAUGAUAUUACGUGUACAGACAACAAACAAUUCAAUAAAAACUGAAAUUAAACUGCAGUCGGUCAGAGGUAGAGUGGAGCCCACCGCGUCGAGUGGAAAUCAAACUGUGGUGGUCAAAUCUCAAGCUAAAGAAGGAAACAAAUAUUUCUAUGUGAAUAUGGUGGCAGCAAGUGGUGACAAUGACCUCUAUCUGAUUGGAUAUGAGGUCGACCUCAAGAUGUAUGAGCUAAAACAAACUCACCAUCAAACGAAACUCACAAUAGCCGGUGCCACGUUGGUUGAACUUACCAUGGAUUAUCAGGGUUUACCGAGGCACAGUAACGCCUACCUUGGAGGUUGCGAAUGCAUGGAAAAGUGUAUAACAACACUCAAAGCUGAAGUUUUUUCGAAGAAGGCAGUAACAAGAUAUCUUUUAACCAUGACAAUAACCUUUUCUGAGGCAAUGCGAUUCUGCAUUUCGACUCAAGUGAGUUUUAAGAAACCUGUUCCAGGUUGCAUUGACAAUUUAGUGAACAAAUGGAGGAAGUUGUCCUAG